AUGGGGGAGCUAUUUGCACCAUUGGGAGAGCAAUGUGAGAGAUGCAGCGCAGCUUCAAUGGGUGUAUUUGUAUCGUUGGGAGAGCAAUGUGAGAGAUGCAGCGCAGCUUCAAUGGGUGUAUUCGCAUCGUUGGGAGAGCAAUGCGAGAGAUGCAGCUUCAAUGGCUGUGCAGUUCAGCUAGGCAUACCAGACAUAAUUCACAACCACAAAAAACCCAUCUCUCUCCCUGACCUAGUCUCAUCACUCCAAUUGCCUCCCUCAAAAAUCAACGCUCUACACAGACUCAUGUCCUUGUUAACUCACUUGGGUUUCUUUGCCACAACAAAACUUGAUCCAAAUCAUGGAGAUCAAAAAGGGUAUGUCCUCACUCCAACAACAUCUAGGUUUCUCAUCAAAAGUGAAUUACCCAAUUUGUCACCAUUUGUCCGAGCCACGGUCGAUCCGGUUAUGGUCGCUCCAUGGCAGUUUUUGGUAGAUUGGUUCAGAGGCAAUGAAGAAACAACAUUUGAGACUGCACAUGGGGUUGGCAUCUGGGAGUUUUACGACAAAAACUCGAAAUUCAAUAACCUAUUUAAUGAAGGAAUGGCUAGUGACUCAAGAAUGAUGGGCUUGGUUAUUAGGAACUGUGAGGCAGUGUUUGGAGGGUUGAAUUCAUUGGUUGAUGUAGGGGGUGGCACUGGUAUCAUCGCUCAGAUCAUUUCUGAGGCAUUUCCUAGUAUAAAAUUCAUAGUUUUCGAUCUCCCACAUGUUGUUGAGAACUUGCCAGAGGGGAAGAACUUGAACUAUGUUGAAGGUGACACGUUUCAGUCUUUCCCAUCCGCGGAUGCCAUUUUCUUCAAGUGUGUUUUGCAUAAUUGGAGCGACGAGGACUGCGUAAAGAUAUUGAAGAGAUGUAGAGAAGCUAUUCAAAGCAGGGAAGGAGGGAAGGUUAUCAUCAUAGACAUUGUGGUAGAUGGGGACAAAGAUGAACAUGACAUUACUGAGACAAAGCUUGUUUGUGACAUAUUCAUGAUGGUUUUGGCGACUGGAAGAGAAAGAAGUGAGAAAGAGUGGGAAAAGAUUUUCUUGGAGGCUGGCUUUAGUCACUACAAGAUCACACCCAGCUUUGGUUUAAGGUCCCUCAUUGAGGUAUAUCCUUAA